GGCAUUGGCUCAUUGGGAGAAUGUGGCUUCUGUGCUAUGCAGUUCCAAAUCAGCAACAAUUACGUUAAAAUCGCAAAAGCACUGAUGGUUUCAUGCCUUGGGAGCUCUUGGCCGAAUCCGACAGUUGGUGGCGGGAUUUUCCAGGACGAGUACCAACUACAUUGUCCGGUUCACCCGCCACGAGCAUGCCAAGGAUUACCACUCCAACUUCAAGGCCCAGGUGCGGUCCCCUGGCUAGCAAUGGGUCCAGAGGCGAAAUCCGGUGUCCAAGUACCUGACCGACUUCGGGUUGGGGAGAUUGGGAGGCUAGGGCUGGUGAAGGAUGUGAGCUUGGAAUUGAUCUACGGGAGAGGGUUGCUUGGAGAGAGCGGCAAGAGUAUUGGGGCGUUUGUCGAUGAGAUGAAGCGGAUGGGCAAGAUUUUCGCGUCCAUGUCAUUUUGCGAGGGCGAGGAGGAGUAUCACACUGUGAUUAGCAACUCUUCGAUAAGCUGGAGAUGGCAUCUGUUGGCGUCAGUGAGGCCAGAUGCAAAUUGAGAAUUCCAUAGUUUUAUGUGGUUUUAUGACUUUCUUUAUGUUAAUUCAUUUUGAGAUGCGCUUCAUCCUAAUCAAAAGAUGGGGUUGAAAAUCCUCUACAUAUACAAAUGAUGGGUAAACUUUAAUUGUUGAGAUGCACUUAUAAAAAUGAGAAUAAAUUAAGAUUGAUUUGUUCUCCUUUUA